AUGUUUGCUCUUGACACAUAUAAGGGUCGCAGUGCUCUCUAUCGCCACCGGAAAAUCCCGGAAGGUAUGGCUGAAUCGAAAUCAAGGCGAAAUACGGCAGUUGAUGAUUUCAAGAAUCUGGAAUUUGAAACAUCUGAGGAUGUUGAUGUUAUUCCCACAUUUGAUUCCAUGAAUCUUAAAGAAGACUUGUUAAGGGGUGUUUAUGCCUAUGGUUUCGAGCGGCCGUCCGCAAUUCAGCAACGUGCUAUCAAACAAAUUAUUGUCGGCCGUGACGUUAUUGCACAGGCCCAAUCAGGGACGGGAAAAACAGCAACCCUGGCAAUUGCUUCUUUGCAGGUGUUAGAUACCCAGCUUCGUGACACCCAAGUCCUUAUUCUUUCACCCACGCGGGAAUUGGCCCUGCAAAUUCAGAAGGUUAUUUUGGUCCUCGGUGAUUUCAUGAACGUUCAAUGCCAUUCAUGUUAUGGCGGUACGAACGUGGGGGAGGACAUCAAAAAGUUGGAUUAUGGGCAACACAUCGUCUCAGGAACACCAGGCAGAGUGUUCGAUAUGAUAAAGCGUCGCAAUUUACGAACGCGCACAAUAAAGCUACUCAUUUUGGACGAAGCUGACGAGAUGUUGGAUAAGGGUUUCAAGGAACAGAUAUACGACAUCUACCGUUACCUUCCUCCGGGUACUCAGGUUGUCUUGCUUUCUGCUACGAUGCCACACGACAUAUUGGAAAUGACGUCUAAAUUUAUGACCGACCCUGUUAGAAUUCUUGUCAAGCGUGAUGAAUUGACACUAGAAGGGAUCAAGCAAUUCUUCGUGGCCGUCGAACGUGAGGAGUGGAAGUUUGACACCCUAUGUGAUCUCUACGACACGUUAACUGUUACGCAGUCAGUCAUCUUCUGCAACACACGGCGCAAGGCUGAGUGGUUAGCCGAAAAGAUGCGGAAGAAUAAUUUCACAGUUACUGUCGUGCACGGCGACAUGGUUCAAAAAGAACGUGAAGAAAUUAUGAAAAACUUCCGAAGUGGUGAAAGCCGUGUUUUAAUUACCACUGACUUGUUGGCCCGAGGUAUCGAUGUGCAACAGGUCUCUAUGGUGAUUAACUACGACUUGCCAAACAAUCGUGAAUUGUAUAUUCACCGGAUUGGUAGAUCAGGCCGUUUCGGACGUAAAGGCGUCGCCAUCAAUUUCGUGAAAGACGAAGAUAUCCGCAUCCUGCGAGACAUUGAACAAUACUACUCUACUCAGAUCGAUGAAAUGCCCAUGAAUGUUUCCGAUUUGGUCUAG